CUUGCUGGAAGGGUUGAUGGAGAGAAUCUAUAUUUGCCCUUAAGCGGAAAGAAGAAAUCGACAGAUGAUCAGGGUGUAACGAGAGGCCUUGUUCAAGAUUAUCUCCACAGCAAUGCAUCGACCGACAAAGUGAUAAACGAAAUGAAGGUUGUGCAUCUCGAUGCCACGGAAACGAUACCGAAACACGAUCCUGCAAAGAAGCGAGGCAAGCGGCUUACUGCAUCAGAAAAGCGCGCGAUGCGGAUAUACGACAUACCGAAAAAGGGGGUCAAGUACGCGCACUUUGAGCCGCUGCACAAUUUAUGGCAAGGGUAUAUGAAGGAGCUCUAUGGCCAGGGUCAGAAUCCAUCGCAGUUUGCACAGAAGUUGCUGAAGGCGGACUUCCAUGGCGCCAUUAUUAAAGUGACGAAGAGCAACAACCCGCUGCUGGUGGGCUCUGCAGGCAUUGUUGUUCAAGAAACACAAAACCUGUUCAAGAUAAUAACACAGGAGGAUCGCCUCAAAUCUAUACCGAAGGGCAAGACUGUGUUCCAAGUGGAGUUGGAUGCGUGUGCAUGUACAUUGACGUUGUAUGGACAGCAGCUGCUGACCCGGUCCGCCGAACGAGCAGCGAAGAAGUUCAAAGCUAAACCGACGAUUGAUCUAUAGGAAAUAUUGCUGAAGAAGAAGCAAGAAGGGGAUUCUAGCCCUUGUGCAUCCUCUCGAAAGGCGCUUGCAAAACAUGAUGACCAAUGUUGUCGGGGGAUGGAUGGGUUGGUUGGGUGCAUGCAGUAAAUCAUUGAGGGAAUUUCUGGAUGUGCGCUGCAGAGCAUGCGCCCUGCCUGCCUAUUUUGUAUCGGCGGGUUUGAUUUCCGUAGCACGGACGCUUUCCUAGCAGUU